AAACAAAAACAGAGCCAAAGUGAGAAAUAUAAAAUGGCGGGAAACUCCCUAAUCGCUCCGGCGAUUAUGCUCGCGAUGCUUCUCCUUAUUUCACUGGAGACUCACGCCGGUCACGACUACCGCGACGCUCUCCGCAAGAGCAUCCUUUUCUUCGAAGGUCAACGCUCCGGGAAACUUCCACCAGAUCAACGUCUUAAAUGGCGCCGUGACUCCGCCUUACGCGACGGUUCCUCCGCCGGCGUGGAUUUAACGGGAGGCUACUAUGACGCUGGAGAUAACGUAAAAUUCGGAUUUCUGAUGGCGUUCACGACGACAAUGAUGUCAUGGAGCGUCAUAGAUUUCGGUAAAACAAUGGGACCGGAGCUUGAAAACGCCGUGAAAGCUAUCAAAUGGGGAACAGAUUAUCUCAUGAAAGCGACUCAGAUUCCCGACGUCGUCUUUGUCCAAGUCGGAGACGCUUACUCCGACCACAAUUGUUGGGAACGUCCCGAGGACAUGGACACGCUUCGAACGGUUUAUAAAAUCGAUAAAGACCAUCCUGGUUCCGAAGUCGCCGGAGAAACCGCAGCCGCACUAGCGGCCGCGUCGAUAGUGUUUGAAAAACGCGAUCCAAUAUACUCCAAAAUGCUCCUCGACCGAGCAACAAGGGUGUUUGCCUUCGCCCAAAAGUACCGAGGAGCGUACAGUGAUAGUCUUUACCAAGUAGUGUGUCCUUUUUACUGCGAUUUCAACGGUUAUGAGGAUGAGUUGCUUUGGGGAGCGGCUUGGCUACACAAAGCGUCGAAGAAACGAGUGUAUAGAGAGUUCAUCGUGAAGAACCAAGUUAUUCUAAGAGCUGGAGAUACGAUCCACGAGUUUGGUUGGGAUAAUAAACAUGCUGGGAUUAAUGUCUUAAUCUCCAAAAUGGUACUAAUGGGAAAAGCAGAUUAUUUUCAGAGUUUUAAGCAAAACGCUGAUGAGUUUAUCUGUUCUUUAUUGCCUGGAAUUUCUCACCCUCAAGUCCAAUACUCACAAGGAGGAUUAUUAGUGAAGAGUGGAGGAAGUAAUAUGCAGCAUGUAACAUCUUUGUCGUUUUUGUUACUAACAUACUCUAAUUACCUAAGUCACGCUAAUAAGGUGGUGUCAUGUGGCGAAUUCAUAGCUUCUCCUUCUCUUCUCCGUCAGGUCGCCAAGCGACAGGUGGACUACUUACUAGGAGAUAAUCCGAUGAAAAUGUCGUACAUGGUUGGGUAUGGUUCGAGGUUUCCGCAGAUGAUUCACCACCGUGGUAGCUCAGUUCCUUCAGUCGUGGACCAUCCUGGUCGUAUAGGGUGCAAAGACGGUUCUCGUUACUUCCUCAGCAAUAAUCCAAAUCCUAAUUUGCUAAUUGGCGCCGUCGUUGGUGGGCCUAAUAUCACUGACGAUUUUCCUGAUUCGAGACCUUACUUUCAGCUGACUGAGCCCACUACUUAUAUCAACGCACCUUUAUUGGGCCUUCUUGAGAUGGAAGGAGUUGAGCUAGAAUUAGAGAGAAGAAGCAAGUUCUUGAACAGUUUGAUACAGAAGAAGAAGGCUAAAGAACAGCAAGAUCAGAAAGAUGAGUUCAAUGUUCGAGUUAGGGCUUCAGAUAUGUCUUUGGUUCAACAGAACAGAGCCUUUAGUUUGUCGCGUGAGAUUUUGAAUGCUACUCCUGGGAAAGCUGAUAACAAAAGACUCGCUCUUGCCCUAAAAAAGGACUUUGAUUCAGCCUACGGCCCGGCAUGGCACUGCAUCGUCGGGACAAGCUUUGGUUCAUACGUGACUCAUUCCAUUGGAGGAUUCAUAUACUUUCAGAUCGACAAAGUUUACAGAACACUCGCUGCUGCAACGCCUUCGUCUUCUCGAUCAUACCAAUUCCACCCUGCUCGUGCUGCAAUUAUCGAUCUUUUCAAUCUCUACUUAGGGAGAGGAAGCCGUCAAAAACCCGAUGAGUCCCUCAGAGAUCCUCCGAACAAAUCACAGAAGCGUGUUCAUGCUCCUAACAGAGACUUACCACCAAGAAACGAGCAAUUCAUUUUGGAUUUUGAGCAGCUUCAGAGCCAAUUCAAUGAUCCAGAGCAAUUGAGGACGAUUACGGAGUCAGUUUUGAUAUCUUUGGUGGUGCAAUGUAGCAAUCAUGCGCCUCGUGCUGAGUUUCUUCUCUUUGCUUUGCGUACAUUGUGUAGGAUUAGUUAUAUCAAUUGGGAUACUUUUUUACCAUCCCUUCUCUCUUCGGUUUCUGCUGCUGAGGCUUCGUUAAGCCAAGGUGUUCAAGCUGCGGCAACGGCUGCUUCUUCUGCUACUUCUUCACAGUCUUUAGUUCCUGUGUCUGCCAAUCCUGUCUCUAGCUCGUCGAACUAUCAUUCUACCAAUCCAACGUCAUUGUUGCCUUCAGCUCAUGGUAUUGGUUCUCCAUCAGCUUCAGGGAAUGAGCCGGGUUCUUUAACUACUUUUGCACAGGUUAAAUCUUUGGAGAAUGGACAGCAGAUUGCAAGAGCAGGCCAGACUGUAAGAGAGAAUGCUAUGAGAAAUAGUCAACGGAUUAGAGCUGCUGCUAUAAACAGUCUGCGCCAGCUCAGUUGCAAGAUUAUCUUGAUUGGCGUUGAAUUUAGUCUCAAACCCGUUACUCAUGCAGAGAUUUUCCAGUACAUGAUGAAUUGGCUUGUUAACUGGGACAGGAGAGAUCUGGGAACUGAGGACUCUGCAGGUACGUCGUGGAGAUCUGAGAAGACUUUAGCUGAAUGGUUGCGGAGUUGUUUGGAUGUGAUCUGGCUGUUGGUAGAAGAGGGUGAAUCUCGAAUUCCGUUUUAUGAGUUAUUGCGCAGUGGUCUACAGUUUAUAGAGAACAUACCUGAUGAUGAAGCCUUGUUCACUCUUAUCAUGGAGAUACACCGGAGGCGAGAUGCGAUGGCCAUGCACAUGCUCAUGUUGGACCAACAUCUUCACUGUCCAACAUUUGGUACCCAUCGUAUAGUGUCCCAAGUAACUGCCAAUGUUUCAGCCGAAGCUGUGCAACACUUACGACAUUCACCAAUUACAUAUCCAAGUGUGCUUGGGGAACCUUUGUAUGGAGAGGAUCUGGCGAUGUCUAUUCCAAAAGGAAGCCUUGAUUGGGAGAGAGCAGUGCGUUGCAUUAGACAUGCUAUCCGCACUACGCCGUCACCGGACUGGUGGAAGCGUGUUCUUGUUGUGGCCCCUUGUUAUAGACCAUCUACACAACCAGGGCCUAUCCCUGGUGCUGUAUUCACUUCUGACAUGAUUUGUGAGGCAAUCAUUGACAGGAUUGUUGAGCUUCUUAAGCUGACCAACUCAGAUGCAAAUUGUUGGCAAGAGUGGCUGGUUUUCUCGGAUAUCUUCUUCUUUCUAAUUAAAAGUGGGUGUACUGAUUUUGUUGAUUUCAUUGACAAGUUGGUUUCACGCCUUAACGGUGUUGAUAACCAUAUUCUUCGGACGAAUCAUGUGACGUGGCUGCUUGCACAAAUAAUACGCGUGGAGCUUGUGAUGACUGCUUUGAACUCAGAUGCUAAAAAGGUGGAGACUACUAGGAAGAUCUUAUCAUUUCACAGGGAAGACAGAAAUUCUGAUCCCAAUAAUCCUCAGAGUGUGUUGCUUGACUUCGUAAGCAGUUGUCAGAAUCUACGGAUUUGGUCACUAAGCACAACAACUAGGGCAUACCUAAACAAUGAACAGCUGUUGAAGGGAAAACAGAUCGAUGAGUGGUGGAGAAGCAAAGGAGAGCGGAUGAUGGAUUAUAUGAAUAUGGAUGAUAGGUCGAUUGGCAUGUUUUGGGUUGUUUCCUACACCAUGGCACAACCAGCGUGUGAAACAGUUAUAAAUUGGCUAUCUUCAGCUGGCAUGGCUGAGUUACCGGGAUUACAGCCAAACGACCGAGUAAUGAUGACGCAGGAAGUGACCCCGUUACCUAUGUCAUUGCUAUCUGGCUUUUCAAUGAAUUUGUGCUUGAAAUUGGCCCUUCAGAUGGAAGAAGCUUUGUUUGUUAGCCAGGUUGUUCCUAGCAUUGCAAUGGUUGAGACAUACACAAGAUUGCUUCUGAUUUCCCCUCAUUCGAUGUUCCGUUCGCAUUUCAGUCAAUUGGCCCAGCGAAAUGCUUCUCUGCUAAGCAAGCCUGGAGUGACUUUGCUUGUUCUUGAGAUUCUGAACUAUCGGUUGCUUCCGCUCUACAGAUACCAAGGAAAGAGUAAAACUUUAAUGUAUGAUGUUACUAAAAUAAUAUCUGCAUUGAAAGGAAAACGUGGUGACCACCGUAUAUUCAGACUAGCUGAAAACUUAUGCAUGAAUCUCAUUUUAUCACUCAGAGACUUUUUUUCUGUGAAACGGGAGGGAAAAGGGCCAACUGAAUUCACUGAGACAUUAAACCGCAUAACCAUCAUGACUCUUGCUAUCACUGUCAAAACACGUGGUAUCGCAGACCCUGAUCACUUGGUUUAUCUGCAAACCAUGUUGGAACAAAUACUCGCGACGAGUCAGCAUACAUGGUCAGAGAAGACGAUGCGGCAUUUCCCAUCCCUUCUCCGUGAAACUUUGAAUGGACGGGUAGACAAGAGGGGCCUAUCAAUUCAGGCAUGGCAACAGGCUGAAACAACUGUGAUAAACCAGUGCACUCAGCUUCUCUCACCAUCUGCUGAACCCGCUUACGUUUCAACAUAUCUCAGUCACAGUUUUCCUCAACACCGUCAGUAUCUAUGUGCUGGUGCUUGUCUGCUGAUGCAAGGCCACGCUGAAAACAUCAACAGCACAAAUCUGGCACGGGUUCUGAGAGAAGUUUCUCCUGAAGAAGUCACUGCUAACAUAUACACUUUGGUCGAUGUUUUGCUUCACCACGUUCAUGUAGACCUUCAGCAAGGACAAUCUUUAGAGGCAGUUCUAGACAAGGCAGGCGCAAAUCUUGCAUUUUUCUUCUGGACACAUGAAAUGCUUCCUCUCGACAUUUUUCUUCUGGCGCUCAUUGACCGUGAUGAUGAUCCGCACGCCUUGAUAAUUGCAAUGAGCCUACUUAAAACGCCAGACCUUCUGCUAAGGAUUAAAAACUACUGCCAAAACCGUGGGUCUCCUGAGCACUGGCUUGUUACACAGGUGUUCAAACGCAAUGAACUCCAGAAGGCCCUUGGUAACCAUCUUUCUUGGAAGGACAGGUAUCCAACGUUCUUUGAUGAUAUUGCAGCGCGUUUGCUUCCAGUUAUCCCUCUAGUGGUUUACAGGCUCAUCGAGAACAAUGCGAUGGACCAAGCUGAUAAUCUUUUGCUUGCACACUCGCAUUUUCUAGCUUAUCAUCCUCUCAGAUUCACGUUUGUCCGUGAUAUACUCGCCUAUUUCUAUGGUCAUCUUCCUGGGAAACUUGUUCUGCGCAUGCUCAAAGUACUUGAUCUCAGCAAGAUUCCAUUCUCUGAAUCAUUCCCGCAGUACAUUAGCCCUGCCGGUGCUGCUGUAUGCCCACCUCUAGAUUACUUUGCCUCUCUUCUGCUUAAUCUUGUAAACAACGUUAUACCUCCACUUAGCAGCAGCAGCAACUGCAGCUCGAGGUCUGGCUCAAUGGCAGACAUCUUAAACAGCUCAGCGAGACCUCCUCAUGGACAAACUCCAGGAACAUCUCAGCCUGGACCAGCAAACGCCUCUGAGGGCCAGAAAGCAUUCUACCAGAUCCAGGACCCAGGAACUUAUACUCAAUUGGUUCUUGAGACAGCCGUGAUCGAGAUCCUCUCGCUUCCCGUCUCCGCUGCUCAGAUUGUCUCUUCGCUUGUCCAGAUAAUUGUCAACAUACAAUCGACUCUGAUUCAAUCUGGAAACGGGUUCCACGGAGCUGCGAACGGGGUGGGGCAAGGGUCGGUACUGCCAACGUCUCCCUCAGGAGGGAGCACGGACUCCAUGAGCGCUAGCCGGUCCACUUGUCUGAUUCCUGGUAUCAACACGGCGAGCUUUGUCUCUAGAAGUGGUUAUACAUGUCAGCAACUGUCGUGUCUUUUGAUUCAAGCUUGUGGGCUUCUGCUGGCCCAGCUCCCUCCAGAUUUUCACAUGCAGCUUUACUUGGAGGCAACACGUGUGACAAGGGAAACAUGGUGGCUUAAGGACGGGAAGAGAUCACAAGGUGAAUUAGACUCGGCUGUUGGAUACGCUUUGAUGGAUCCGACAUGGGCUGCUCAGGACAACACCUCGACCGCAAUAGGAAAUAUAGUCGCCUUGCUUCAUGCUUUCUUCAGCAAUCUCCCACAAGAAUGGCUUGAUGGCACGAAUGCCAUCAUCAAGAACCUCCGGCCUGUGACAUCUGUCGCAAUGCUCAGAGUUGUAUUCCGUAUUAUGGGGCCACUGCUUCCGAGGCUUGCCAGCACACAUACUCUCUUUAACAAGACGUUAACCCUUCUCUUAUCCGCGCUGGUCGAUGUUUUCGGAAAGAACGCACAGACAACAGCCCCUGUUGAAGCAUCCCAGAUUACAGAUCUUAUUGAUUUCCUACACCAUAUUAUUCACUACGAGGGACAAGGAGGAGCUGUCCAAACUAGCAGCAAGCCGAGACCCGACAUCUUGGCGUUAAUCGGAAGAGCAGCAGAUUCUCUCCGACCAGAUGUACAACACCUUCUCGCUCACCUCAAAACCAACCCGAAUUCUUCGAUAUACGCAGCUGCUCAUCAGCAGAAUACCGCAAAGACCAACACCUCUUAGUAAACUCGUAGAGCAAUGGAAGCACAAAAGAUUUGUUGCAGUUCAUGGUUACAACUUUGUUUUGUUUAUAUUGUUGUGUAUAUAUGUCAAUGAUAACGUUUUGUAUCUCUUAUUUAUGAAAUUUAGAAUCUAAAUUAUCGUUAGAUGAUAAAGCAGGCUUAUUCAACCAGGCAUUUCAAAUGAAGUAUAUUUUGUUAA